AUGCGUGCCGUUCCCUGUUUGUUGCUGUUUAUUGCGUCAGCAUACGCCAUUACAGAAUGCGACGUUUUCCCCUGUUCCCGCGACGUUGUCAUCAUCAUGGACAGCACCCCGAAUAUGAAAAAUGACGAGAACGUUAAAAAGCAAAUCAACUACGUUCGUGAUUUGGUCAGCGGUUGGACGCUGGGAAAUGAAAAUGGCCUAAAGACCCGCGUGGCACUAGUUGGUAAUGGAAUUCUCGAAGAUAUCGACACGACGGCUUACACUACAAACGCCACAAUCCUUGGACGAACUUUUGAUAAGCUCUCGGAAGAAGCUAGCGAAUACGGACUUUAUGACAACACCUUCGAUGCCCUAAUGAGCUGGAUGGACCAAAAAUAUAACAAUCGGUAUCCAUAUCCGCCCAGGGACAAUGUACAGAAAAGCAUGCUUGUUUUUACGGCUGAAACACGAGCUGCCAACAUCGCAAAAUCUCAGGCGGCCAUUAAAAAUUUAACUCAAGCUGGCUUCAAAGUUUCGAUUAUUGCUAUCAGCCCUUCAAAAAGUGAUUUGUUUACGGGCUUGACAAAUGUGGAAAAGAUAUUUUCAAUCGCAAAUAUUGCUAGCAUACCUUCUACCCUGAAAAUGGAUUUGCUUCAGAAAGCUGUAUGCACUGCCACAACUUGUCCGCCAAUCACACUACCGCCCACUACACCAGCUCCACCUAGCGUCGCGACUACUCCAACACCAUACUAUCCAUUUUUGAAUUGCUCUUGUAAUCGGGACAAGCUUUGGCUAGAUAUUGUGGUUGCGAUUGAUGUGUCAAAGAGUAUGGGACGAUUGGGGAUUGCCCAGGUCCAAACAGACCUCGGAACCCUUGCCUAUUGGCUCACCAUCGACCCAAAGCUCAAUCAAUCCACCCGAAUUGGAAUUGUCACAUUUGCAUCCAAGGCUACUGUAGCGUACAAACUUAAUGACCUCAAAACUGGCGACGAUGUCCUGAACGCCAUCUACAGCAUCGAUGUCACAAAUGAUGAGCAUUUGGAUUUGGUCAGCGCCCUUCAAGCCGCACACUUGGCUUUUGCAGCUGGGGAUCGACCCAAUGUUCCGAACGUUAUUAUUCUUUACAGCUCGGCGUAUAAUGACGUCGGUGAUCCAGCGGAGACUUCUGCUCAAUUACAAGAAUCUGGGUAUCAUAUCAUUACUAUGGCGGUGGAGAAGACCGGCCAAACCGACGUCGUCAAGCAGCUUCAUAAAUUAGCGUCCCCGGGAAUGAAUAUCGAAAGUUCGAACCCAAAUGCUCUUGACAAAGCGGUGGAUUGCCUCUGCCAAUCAAACUGCUUCUGUAAAACCGGCUGGCAUCAACCCGGAUUUGGUGGAACUAGAGUCUAUGCCGAGUGUUUCAAGCAUAUCACCACCGAUGCGACAUGGACAACUUCUUUAGCCGCAUGCAAACAACUGGAUACCGCUAUGAAAUCAAAUUUGGUCUAUCUCAAUUCGAAGGAGCAGGAGGAGUACAUUAUCCAGAACGUUGCGAUCAUCAAUCAACAAAAGUUCUCUUUCCACAUCGGCCUACAGUAUAAUACGAAGGAUCAAAAGUACAAAUCUGUAACUGGCGCUGAGGACCUACCGUACACCCACUGGGACACCGGAUACCCCAACGAGCAAAAGGGAUAUUGUGUGGAUCUGUAUCAAACCACCGGCUUCAACUACGCGUGGAGAAAUGAGGAUUGUGACACCGCAAAAUUGCACUAUAUUUGCCAGGCCAAUGCUUGUGAUUCUGACCAUUAUUGUGGUAGCGGA